AUGAGGAAACGUCUUCGCGCUUGUGAAGAGUGCCAUCGUCUGAAAAUCAAGUGCGACAUUAGCAGUGACCCUGACGCAGCGAGCUGCGGAAGAUGCACGCGUAACAACCUGGAAUGUGUUCCAGCAGCGCCGCGACUACAGCGCAAUCGUAUCCAAGAGCUCGAGGCGCAGAUACAAGAACUCAACAACUUGCUACAAAGUCAAAGCACCAGCAGCCCUACGCCGAGUCGUUCGCCUGGAAGUAUCACCACCACAACGCUAGGCAGAUCGCCCGGUAGCCUAUCCGAUAACCACUACGAUGGUGUGUUAUCCUUCCUGGACGCCCGCAUUGCGCCUGUCAACCAACAACGCCUGCUUCACCUUUAUGCGCAUCAAGCGGGGGCGGCAUGGCCCGUCGUACGCCUGUCGAUGGACCUGGACCAUCUCCGUGCAAAAGCUCCCAUUUUACUGCUCUCCGUCAUGGCAUACAGUAUUACGCAAGAGGCGCAAGGCGUAGACAUGGAAACGCACGAUGAGCUAGUGCGCGAAACGAUGCAUAUUCUGGGCGAGGAGGUCAUUGGUAGGGGGCAGAGAUCCCUUGAGCUUGUGCAGGCGCUACUCGUAGCCACGCUUUGGAACAAAAGUACGCGGAGAGGUCAACAGGGGAGCUGCUAUCAGAUCCUGCAGCUAGCCGCCGAUAUGGCGAUCGAUCUGGGCAUCGCAGGAUUCGCUUUGCAGCCCUCUCCCGUGGCUUACUUCUCCCGGCAUGAGGAUACAGGGUCGCUCGAGGCACGGCGUACCUGGCUAGCCUGUUAUGUGGCAUUGUCAAGCUCUUCGAUCAGCACGCGCCGGCCCAACCCGUACCCUUGGGAUUCUUAUCAUGAAGAGUGUGUUCUGUACCUGGAAAGCCAAGGAGAUGCUUCCGACAUGCUGCUUUGUCAGAUUGUCCGUAUCACCCAGCUGAAUAUGGAGAUUUCCACCCAUCUGUGUCUUUGUCAAAUUGCCACCUUUGUGGAUGGUAAUGAUUACAACACCUAUGCCGUAAUCGAUACGCUAAAGGGCAAACUUGAUGCAUGGGCAGCUCAGAUCCCACCUGCCCUUGCAGCAUCCCACACGCUAAAGGUCUGGUGGCAUGUAGCCAUGGUUCACCUGCACGAGCUUGUGCUACAUACACCCACAAACAAGGCAUCGUUUGCAGCACCAUUCAUCCCAGGCCGUCUUCCUAUCAAGGACUACCCUAAGCCAGCCAACAUCAUCGCUCCUCUCAGAGCGACUCUCGAAGCCCUUGUUCAGAACUGCCACGCAGUCCUCGACACCGCUGCAGAGAUGGAUCCAGCUUUGGCUGUUCAUUUGCCGUCAUUUUGCUUUGCACCUACCAUUGUUUACACGCUCUUCGUGCUCGUUACUGUCAUGGUAGCCACGACCGACCCAGGAAAUACAUACGGGCAGUGCCUACCAAAAGACUGUUUUCGCAUCGAAGACUGCGCACUAAAGAUGCGCAAUCUAGUCAUGUACAUGAAGGUCGUGGAUCCGACACUGAGUUGUUUUACCACACGUAUGUUUGAUGCGACGAGCUGGCUGGAGGAAUGGUAUAACGAUUAUACCGCUAUUCUGCAGCGAUAUGAAGCAAACCUUGUCAAUUGA